GCAGGCGAAAAGGGAAGGUGCUCUGCAGCUCAGGUACGAACCCCACAAAAAGGACAGGGGGGCAGCGUCCUUCCUGCAUUUCGAUCAGAAGCAAGUCCACAUUUGAGCAACCCCGCAUUGGCGCUCUCACAUUUCCAGCAAGAAAGAAGAAGAAGCGAAGGUUUCACAAGUCAAUUUAGGUCCACAGAAAAGCAGUCUGAGGACAAAGAAAGUAGAUCAAAGCGCUGAGCAAUCAGGUUGCGAAGAAAAAGGGCGCAGAGCAAUCUGAUUGAACAGGAAGUUCUGGCUGACAAUCUGGUCAAAGGAGCGGUUUCAGCUGACAGACAAGCAGGGAUUGCGCAGAAGGCGGCCAGCAUGAUUGCGCCUAUGCCAGCUGAGAUGAGAGAGAUGGGGGAUUGUGAGAUGGAUUGCAGGACGGGGCCUCUGUGGCUGUCGGCCCUCCUUCAGGCGCGGUUCUUCACGACGUGCAAGUUGCAUGCUAGCAGUGGGAAGAGCGACAAGAACAUGUUCUGCAUAGAUUGCGCAGAGGAAUGCUGCCCUAGCUGUGUCCCCGAGGAGCACGAGGGGCAUCAUGUGGUUCAGAUCAGGAGGUCUUCUUAUCACGAGGCGGUGCGUGUGUCGGACAUCCAGAAGCUGAUUGACUACACGCAAGUGCAGCUCUAUGUCAUCAAUUCUGCAAGGAUCAUCUUCCUCAAUGGUCGCCCCCCACCGCGCCCCAUGAAGGGCGCAGAGUUCCUGUGCGAGAUUUGCGGUCGCAUGCUGAUUGAGGACUUCAGGUUCUGCUCCCUGGGGUGCAAGCUCUCUGCCAUCCAUGCAAACCCUCGGGAGAUGGGGCUGAGCAUGUCCCCUAGGCCAGGGGCGAUGAAGGUUCUUGACGAGAACGAACUCAACCACGUGCAGAAGAAGUUCAUCAUAGUCAGAGGGCAGAAAGUGUCCCCUGGGAAGCAGCAACUGCUCAAGAAGAAGGCCUCGCCGAAGAAGUCCCCCAAACCAGCGUCUCCCAGAGCAGGAAUCAAGGAGGGUGAAAGGGAAGGGGUCAGCAGGAGUGAACGGUUACAAGCGCUGCUCAGUAGAUUGCAAGACAAGCAGGGGGCGAGGACGGUGCAAUUGGGGCAGGGGGUUGGGUCUGAGUCGGAGCAAGGGCUGCGGGAAGAGCUGAGAAACUUCUUGCUGGAGCUGUCGACGGCAGACAGUCUCAGCAGGGACAGUUUGGAGGAGCGGGAACGGGCGCUGCCCCUGAAGAAGCGGCAUAGAGGGGAGGACUCCUGGGGCACUCCCCCUAGACGGGGGGCCCGUGUAGACUCCUCAGAAGAGAGCACGAGCGUGGACUCAGGGCGGCCGUAUCGGGCGGUGGUCAAGAUCAACGGGGCUAGUCAACGCAUCGCAAUGCCGCCCAUGGAGGAGGAGGAAAUGGGCAGCGAGGGGUCGUGGGAGACUCCUCCGCGCUUGAACAAGAGGAAGGGUGUCCCACAUAGGGCGCCCGUCUGGUAGAUGCGUCAGGGCUUAAGGUGUAGAUACUAGGGUUUAUUGGGGCAACCUUUGUAACGCUGUAAAGGUUCAAGAGAGAGCACAUUUCUGUUGGUGGCAGGGCCAUCUGUUACAGCUAGGGUUGCAAGUGACAUCCAAUUGCUUGCUGCAAUGUGGUUGGCUGGCGAUGAGUCACUAAGUCUUGGGUGGCCGCGAAUUUGUACCAUAGGGAUAAGCAAAGGUAAAAACAGCCAACUAUUUAAGAAGUGGAGUAUUCUGUGAAAGCAACUCAGCUGAAAACGAUUCGAGACACGCAAAUGCACAGCUAGCUUCCUUGUAUAGGACAACUGCUUGAUAGUCAAUAUCAUAGAAGCCUAAUUGCUCACUCCAUAUUGUGAAAACUGUACGUGCCUGUUAGCACCAGAUGUUUAGAUUGUAUUGUACAUACUCGAUUGUCAAAAGCUUGAAGAUUCAAUGCGAGCUCUGCGUGACUCAAUUUAGAAUUCAC